AAAUUGUCAAUUUUGAGCUUACUUUACAAACUCAUUUGAAGAAUGAAAUACAUUUAGAAUAAAUGCAUAAUUGUAUGGUUUCAAUUCAACAAGUGCACUCAGACUUCCGUUAUAAGUGAACUGAUUUUCACUCCAGGUGUGGUGUGCAGAGGUGUUGAUUUAAAUGCUGAAACAUUUCUUUUCCUCUCUUGCACCUUAUACUCUGACAUUCUGCUGUGAAAUACAAACUCCUGUCAUUAACCAAUCUCUGCGUGUUCCUGAGGGAGGGAGUUUCCUUGUCCAAAGUCUGUAUCAUCCAUGCAGAAAAACACACAAGAACAAGGCUGUUUAAUUCACGGAACUUUCUUCAGCAUGCUGGGUAUCAAUUUACAAGCAGGUCACGUUGAACCUGCCAUCUCUGGCAUCAUGAGUGGCAAAAGCCUCCUCCUAAAGGUUAUCCUCCUUGGUGAUGGUGGUGUGGGCAAGAGCUCACUGAUGAAUCGCUAUGUGAGUGACCGUUUUGACUCGCACUCGUUCCACACCAUCGGCGUGGAAUUCCUGAACCGCGACCUGGAAGUGGAUGGGCGUCCUGUCACGCUGCAGAUUUGGGACACCGCAGGCCAAGAGCGCUUCAGGAGCUUACGCACACCAUUCUACCGUGGCGCUGACUGUUGCUUACUGACCUUUGCUGUGGAUGACGCACAGAGUUUCCACAACCUUGGUGCCUGGAAGCAGGAGUUUGUGCGCUACUCGGAUGUGCGUGAGCCUGAGCGCUUCCCCUUCGUCGUGCUUGGAAACAAGGUGGACAAAGUUGAGGACGGUGAACGGCAGGUCCCCGAGGAGGAGGCACGUGCCUGGUGCCAGGAGAAUGGUCAUUGCCCAUACUUCGAGACCAGCGCAAAAGACGACACCAACGUAAGCGCUGCCUUUGAGGCGGCUGUCCGUGAAGUGCUGGCCUGUGAAGAUCACGUCGAUCACAAUUUGCUCGGAAGCACCAUCGACCUGCAUGGCAAUCGCAAGGCACCACGCUCUUCCUGCUGCUGAGGAUCUUGCUGAGAUUAAAGGCUUCAAACGGUGUUAACCUUCUAGAUGCUCCUCAUCACUGCUGGCUCCUGCAAAGGCCAAUGUAAUGAAAAGGGCGUAGAAUGAGUGCAUCGAGUCUUGACUGAAAGAUCUUCUAGGUUUAUUUAGGUACGUUAGAGAAAUACCCAUACAGUGUCACUAGGACAGUAAUUCUUUGGUCCGCUUCUCUGCCUACAUUUGCAAAACAGCCAGUGGCAUGAUUGAAGAGGUGUUUAUCCUCAAUUUGAGGUUAUGCUGAGCUGAGUUAAGUAAGAUCUGUAACACUCGUAGAGUGGAAUAGCAUUCGUGUGGAAAUCACCACAUUGGAGCAUCUAAGGAUAAAAAGUCUGCUGUGUUGCAUUAACCUUCUAGAUGGUCCUAAUCUCUGCCUACACUCACGAAAGGGCAACGGUACGAUAAGGAUGCAGCAUAACUUUGUGCAUCGUUUCUGGUUUGAUCAGUGAGAUAUAUUACACACACGCAUUGCCAAAGGUGUGCUGUAGUCUCAAACUUUCCUGUAAAAGGCUCUUGUGCUGUGCCAGGAUUUCUAACAUCUCUGCUUUCUUUUUCUGGAGGUCACGCGGUUUCUACGUGAUUCAUGAAGCUCUCAUUUCCCCCAAAGCACAGAUGCCUUGCUGUGCAAAUCCUUGUUCUCAAGCUUUGCUUGUCAUAACUGUGGUUUAUCAGAUAGAAUGCGUUUCUGCUUGCGUUGUUAACCACAGAGUUCCUACUUCUGUGUUUUGUAAUGCAGGUUUAUGCUAUAUUAUGGUUUGUAUGUGUAUAUACAAGGGGAAGACUUGAUUGUUUGAAUUACCCAUCAUGAGGCAUUUUUAGUUUCUGUGCUUUUUUUUUUCCUUGGUACAAAUGUUUUUAACGUCUGACAAUGGAGCAGUCGUGUCUGAGCUGAAGGAUGUACGAGUUCUCAGUCACUGAAAAUAAGGACUGUCUUGCUCAGAAGUGUGCACUCACGUUCAGUCCUUCACGUCAGAGUCUAGGAAAGUGUUAAGGGUCACUCUCAACUCAGCACUAAUUUGUUUUUGUAGGAGUUCUCUGGGUCAGCAGUUGUAUAGCUCAUUGUUUUGCUGCCCUUUACGUUAAAAUUAGUUUUUGCUAAUCUGAAUGUGAAAAAAUAUAACCAAAGCACAUUUGCCCUGGCAUCUUGAGUUUAACUUUCAUUGUAUUACAAAAGGUACUAACGUGCACAGUUGUGUAUCUUCAGAUAUAUUUGGUACGUUCAGAUUUUCAUAUUGUUGAGCAUUUUAUCCCCCCAGGCCCUAUUAGAUAUUGACACUCUGCGUAAACCAGACCUGAUUGAUAUCUACUAUUGCUGCCUAUAUUUAAGCAACAGAUGUAGCUCAUCCUUCCACUCAAAGUUUAUUCUCCUAAGUAUUACAUUAACUUGACGGAUGGUCCUUGCCUUUGCUUGCUCUUGCAUGUAAACUCCACAAUGCUCUAUGCGCCUCUCCUGCUAAUGGUUUAUGCAGUGGCCUAUAUGGGCUGCAAAUCUCCAUCCACUUAUCGCAGAUGUUUUAAUAAGAAUGGUUCACUGUGAAACAUGAAUUCUGCCGCUGCGCUUCCUCUCACAUUUGCUACACAGAGCUCGACCAGUAUUUAUUCUCUGUAUUGGAAAAUGUUUAACUGCCAAUAGCCAUACCGUAUUUUAUGUUUAAGUACCUGCAUAAGUUGUUUACUGUGACUUAGUUCUUGUUUUAAAUGUUAUUUGGAUUUCAUUUGUUAAGGUUUUUAAUUCUAGGGAAGGGUUCUGUUCCUGUGUUUACUGGAAAUGAGUUUUUGGUUGCAUUUAAUGAUUUUUUUUUUUUUAAAAAGGGUGUAAUUGAUUUGUAUCAUUUGUUAACCAAGACCUAAGUUUCUGGUAUGCUGCAAUAAUCCAUGUUUACUUUGUGUGCUGAUACAUUUACACGUGGUCAUGGAAUACCAUUUGCGUAUUGCUUUGUAAAUCUGCCACCAAUCCACCUAUUUAUUACUGUAGUGACUUUACAAGUGUUAAAUGCUGUAUGGGUUGCACUUGAUGUUCCCCAAUACUGCACUGACAUACUACAACAAUACUCCAGCAUCAAAGUAUCUGCUCAAUGCGCUUUCAACUGAUUGAGUUGUGUAAUGAUGCCUGAGAAUGGGUGCGUAUCUCCUCAACCAUCCAGCCCAGUCUCUGCAAUAAAGGUGGUCAUGACUGCUUUUGUUUACAAACCAAACUAAUUUAGUUGGCAAAUAUCCAAUACCAGUGUGAAUAAACUUUACAACUGAC